GCACUCUUCUUAUUCUUCGUCAUUCUCCUUACGAAAACAAACAACUUUCUUUAAUUGGACACAACCUUGAAGCAAUGGACACAACCUUGAAGCAAACAAAAAAGAAAUCAAUGGAACAUGGAGAAGCAUCUGGCUCAAACCCUUGUGAUGAAAUUUGGUCUAAACUUGUGCCGUCAGAUUCCAAAUAUUCAGAUGUUGAAUUGUGGUCAGAUGAAGUGGAGAUACAUUCAGAGGUCAAACUCUCUUCAUUCGAAAAGCAGGGAUGGUGUAAAAUUACAAGAAAUUCAGAUCUCUGCUCUGCAACAUUGCAAAAUAAAAGCUUAAAUGUGAUUUUUGUGGAUGGGACUGAUCUUCCAACUGAGGAUACAAUCAUCAUUAGAUGUGGAAGUGAGAUAAUUCCUGGCCCUAUUUUGGAAGGCUAUCUGAGUUACAGAUUUAAAGUGAUGCCUAUGAAGGAGUCUCCUAAAAAGGUCUUGAAGAUUUCAUUAGAUACCGAGCAUGCAAAAUGCAGCAUUUGCUUAAAUAUUUGGCAUGAUGUUGUCACAGUGGCCCCCUGCCUCCACAACUUUUGUAAUGGGUGCUUCUCGGAGUGGUUGAGAAGGUCACAGGAGAAACGUUCAAGUGUUCUUUGUCCCCAUUGCAGAUCUGUUGUACAGUUCGCGGGGAGAAACCACUUCCUCCACAAUAUUGAAGAGGAAAUACUGCAAAUGGAUUCUACUUUAAGACGUAGUGACGAAGAACUUGCCGUAUUAAACUCCUAUGCGUUAAUAAAAUCACCUCUUGUCAUCAACAACGGAAAGAAGCCUGGGCGCAAGAGAUCACGUUCAGUGCCAGUUGAAGAUAGUAGUGGCCCAGAUCUUGCAUGUGCUCAAUGUGGUACAGAGUAUGGUGGGUUUCAAUGCAACCAAAGCACGGUGCAUCUGCAAUGUCAUGCAUGUGGAGGAAUGAUGCCAUCUAGAACCAAUAUACGUGUAGCACAACACUGUUUGGGGUGUGAUCGAGCAUUUUGUGGUGCUUAUUGGCAUUCUCAGCAGGUUACACGAAGUAACUCUUUUCAUAUGUGUGCUCCUGAAACUUUCAAACCAAUUGCAGAACGAGCUAUUACAAGAAUUCCUUUUCUGGCACAUGAAAGGAACCGACAUGAACAAGAUAUCACUGAAAGAUGUAUACGGCAGAUGGGGAAAACACUGCAGGUUGUUGUCUCGGAAUGGAUCGCAAAACUGAAUAAUCGAGAAAUAGAUCGUACAAGGAUGCCAUUGAAUCACUCGGAUAUGAUUACACCUGGAACGCAUCUUUGCAAUGAUUGCUUUGAUAAACUAGUAUCGUUCCUCUUGUACUGGUUCCGGAUCAGCCUACCAAAAUAUCAUCUACCUGCGGACGCGGCACAAAGAGAAGAUUGUUGGUAUGGAUACACGUGUCGAACACAACACCAUAGUGAAGAUCAUGCUCGUAAAAGAAAUCAUGUUUGUCGUCCAACUAGGGGUAGUAUUGGAAAUUAGUUGUAAUUCGAAAUUGGUGGCAGUUAUUUUCCUGUGUUAGUUAAAAACUUUGAUAUUUGCAAUGGUACAUGUGUUUUGUGACUCUUUAGGUUGACAUUCUUUUGAAUUAUGUAAGUCUUUUUUUUGAAAGGUGAAUUUUGCUUGAGAA